UCACUUCACUUCACUUCACUUCACUUCACUUCAUCAACAAACAGAUUGGAUGUGAGAGCUUCGAUCCGGACCCUCAGCACUGAAGCUGUGUAACCAAGUCCAGGUCAUUUUUGAUUUAGAUAAAUUGGUUUAUUCAUUUACUUGAUGCCUCUCUCGGGAGCUACUGCUCGAAUGCGCUGCUGGAGCUCAGCUCGUGGAACCGCAGACACGCCAUAAAUUGAACCAAACACGAUCCUUUUUAUCAACAACAACAUCCGCUCCUUGAUCGCAAUGGAACCCUCCAUCUCUUCAGGCGACGCCUCAAGCUCGCGAUCUUCAAGAGCUGUAAACGACCCUGUUCUCCGAAACACGUUGCGCUAUACCAUCUCAGCUCACGAAUAUGCUGCACUCCAUAAAUACAUUCUCUCGCGGAGUCGCGUACUGCGCCGUGCAACACCAACGCCAAACCGUGUUGAAAAGGCGCUGCAACCGCCAAAAGGUGGCGACGAUUAUAAUGCCAGAACGGUGCGACAUGCGCUUAGGGUCUUUGUGAUGACUUUCCUCGGCAUGAAGGGAUGGGAUAUUGUCGCGAAGAGGAUGGGUAAAGAAGAACCCAGUACUGGUGGUAAAAAGAAGCCAUUCUACAAGUCUCCCGCCCUGAGGCUGUCUAUUUCGCUUUCUACUAUUCUUCUCCUUUACAGAAUCCUCUUCCGCUUCUUCACUCGACUGCGUGUGCAUCUUCUCGACCCUCAAGUCGAGCCAUUCCGGGCGCGCAAUCCUCGAACUGCAGCGAUGCUGACAUCUCCUUCUGCGCCCGCCAUCGGUGCCUCAUUCGCUGGCCUGGCUCUUGGCAUUUACCCAGCACAAAAGAUGCGUGUCACUAUCGCCAUUUACACUAUCUUCCGUGCUUUGGAGUUUGCCUACAACUUCUGUGAGGCUGAUGGUCUCAUCUGGGGCCGAAAGAAUGGCGUUAAGAGGGAGAGACCUUGGUGGUUCGGAAGUUGGAUGUUGCAGCCAUUUGCUUUUGGACAGCUUCUUCAUGCUGCUGUUUUCGAUCGCGAUUGCUUCCCCAAACCUUUUGGAGAUUUGAUCUUCAAGAGUUCAUCGGCAUACUUGCACCCGCGCCCGCAAGAUUGGCCGUCAAGCGUUAAGUGGCCUCAGACUUCUGAGAUUGUUGACAGUUUGGCUCAAAUGGCGCGCCUGAGCUGGCCUGCCUAUGUUUCUCCCACUCUCUUCCCCGGCAAGGAGGUUCUUCCCCCUAGCCUCAGUGCAAUUGCGCCACUGACAUCUCGAGCUCAUCCUCUCAUCACAUCUCUCUCAUGCGCCACACUGCACCCAGGAGACCCAUCUUGUGCCCGAACUUAUCUUACUUUCUGGCUUCAGACUUUCCCGCCAUUUGCUCGCUUCUUCGUCGCAGUCUUCUCUGCGCUUACCGUCAUUCCUCGAUUCUCCAGCCUCUACCACAACCCUCUGGCGACCCUUCAGCGCAUCAUCACCAAGGCCCUCCGCAUGUCUACCUUUGCGACAGGUGCGCUUUCCACAGCCUGGGCUUCGAUCUGCUUCUUUCAGCAAUGGCUUCCACGCCACGUUCUUGCUACUCAGCGUGUCUUCCUCGGUGGUUUCUUCGCUGGUCUCUGGGCAUUCGUUGAGCGACGAAAUGGCCGUGGACUGUUCCUGUACAGCGCCCGCGCUAGUGUCGACAGCCUCUGGAAGGUUGGUGUGAAGCGACGUUGGUGGAAGAGCAUGAAGGGCGGUGAUGUCUGGGUCUUCAUGCUGGCACUCAUGGUCACUGGUGUUGUCUACGAGAAGGAUGCUCAAGCAAUCCGCGAGACAAACUGGCGAAAGGGAGUCAGCUGGCUUCAGGGUCAGGGAUGGAGAGAUUGGGGAGCUGAGGAUGACGAGGAUGAGGAGAACAAGGACAAGGAGGAGUGAUGUUUCAUGGAUGAUGAAAGCACAGUAUGGUGUUGGGCGCAAUUGCAGUUGUUUAUUGGCAUAGGAUGGAGGCUUGUUUAUGUUUGCAUUCAUUGAUAGUCUGAUAUCCCACAUAAUGGUAGUAUUUAUCGCAUAAUAAUUUCAUUCAAAAA